CUCGGGUAAACAUUAGCACGGCGCCGCUUUGUAGCUAAGCAAACUUUCAUCGCAAUGGCAAUUACCUCAAUUUUGCUGUAUGCUGUUUUGGCUUUGAUGGGCUAUUUGGUGUAUGUCAUGCAUAAACGUAUGUCAUACUGGAAGUCCAAAGGUAUCAUAAGCGAAGAUCCGCAUUUCCUAAUGGGCAAUAUGGCGGGAUUGCGCAAAGCCAAAAGUUUUGGAGAUAUCUGGCAAGAGUUCUAUGACAAAUAUAAGGACACUGGCCCAUUUCUGGGCUUCUACUUUUUCAGCAGACCUUCGGCAUUUGUGUUGGAGCCCGCAUUGAUCAAGAAUAUUCUGAUCAAAGAUUUUAAUAAAUUUACGGAUCGUGGAUUUUAUCACAAUGAAAAAGAUGAUCCUCUAUCGGGGCAAUUGUUUCUUAUCGAUGGCCAAAAGUGGCGACGCAUGCGCACUAAACUUUCGCCCACUUUUACCUCGGGCAAAAUGAAGUUGAUGUUUCCCAUUGUAACGGAGAUUUGUGAUGAAUUUGUGCAGGUGCUUAGCAAAAUGUGUAGUGAAACUCCCAUCAUUGAGAUGAGAGAAAUGUUGGCCCGCUUCACCACCGAUGUCAUUGGCUCCUGUGCCUUUGGCAUUGAGUGUGGCAGUUUGAAGAAUCCCAAUGCCGAAUUCCGUGAAUAUGGUCGCAAAAGUUUGGAAGAGCGCAGACAUGGCAACUUGGUGGUGGCCUUUACUAACAGCUUCCCCCAAUUGGCCAGAAAAUUGAAAAUUAAAAUGUUCCCCGAGGAGGUGAUUAACUUCUUUUUGCGCAUCGUAAAGGAGACGGUGGAUUAUCGUGAAAGCAACAAUGUGCGCAGAAAUGAUUUCAUGGAUAUGUUGAUCGAUUUGAAGAACAAGAAGCUGGUGAAAUCCGAACAUGGAGAUGAUUUGACAAAUCUGACCAUGGAUGAAAUCACCGGUCAGGCUCAUGUGUUUUUCAAUGCAGGCUUUGAGACUUCUUCGACCACCAUGGGAUUUGCCUUGUACGAAUUGGCUAGAAAUGAAGAUAUACAACAGAAGGCACGCGAAGAGGUAAUGGAGAUGUUUGCCAAUAACGAGGAUAAGUUUAGCUAUGAGAGCAUGAAGGAAAUGCCUUAUUUGGACCAAAUUAUAUCGGAGACCCUACGCUUAUACACUGUGGUUCCUGUCCUCAAUCGCCAGGCUGUGGAAGACUACCAGGUGCCGGGUCAUCCGAAAUAUGUCAUCAAGAAAGGCAUGCCUGUUCUCAUACCCAUCUCAGCCAUUCACUUGGAUGAACGCUACUAUCCCAAUCCCAAGCAAUUUAAUCCUGAGAACUUUGCCCCCGAUAAAGUUGCACAACGUGAUGCCAUUCUCUAUUUGCCCUUUGGCGAGGGACCACGCAACUGCAUUGGCAUGCGUUUUGGUAAAAUGCAAACCAUGGUGGGUUUGGCCCUACUUUUAAAGCACUUCAAAUUUUCCAUAUGCUCAGAGACACAAAUACCUUUAAAAUUCGAUAAGAAAAAUUUCUUAAUAGGCUCUGAGAAGGGCAUAACAUUGAAGGUGACCAAAAUAUAA